AUGGCAAAGAAAGGAGGAGCUCAACAAUUACAAGCCGAAAUAAAUACGGAUGAGGAGUUUCAGCAGUUCCUGGAAAAGGAUAUUGGCUUAUUAGUCAUGGAUGUGUACACGGAGUGGUGUGGGCCGUGUCUCGGCAUCGUAGGCAGUUUAAAAAAAAUUAAACUAGAAUUAGGUGGCGAUAAUUUGCAUUUGGCAGUGUGUAAAUCCGACACAAUCACGGCUUUGUCACGAUUUCGCAAUAAAAGUGAGCCUGUGUGGCUUUUUGCUUCGCACGGAAAGAUUGUUAAUUUGAUGUUUGGCACAAACGUACCAAAACUCAUGCGAAUUAUAACGGAAGAACUUGAGCUUGAUGCGAAAUAUCGUGCCAAGGAGGCACAACGAGUUUUUUACGAACUUGAUGAACUUUUGCCCGAGGAACUUGAACGUUUGGAGGAAAAGAAGAAAGCUGAAGAGGUGAUUCGUCAAGCGGAAGAAGCGGAAGCCAAACGACAACGCAAAGAAUAUCUCACUCAUGUCACGGACGAAAUCAAAGCUCACAUCACGGAUAUCGGAUGUACGAUUUUUAUGCCGAACAUUGGGCGGGAUAUCUAUAAAAAACUCGUGGAUCCCGCGGAUAAGUUUGAAUUGACAGCAAAAGAGCGGAAAAUAACAAAUAUCCCGAAGGAACAUCGUGAAAUUCUGUUUUUGGAUUGUCCGAAUCCGAUAGAUGAAGCGGUUCUGGAUUACGUUUUGAAGAAAGAUGUCAUUAUUAAUGCUUGGAAAUUAGCGGAAGGAGAACUGAGGACGCCUGAAGAUAUUUUGAAGGAAUUUGUGGGAUUGUUGACGAAUAAACAAGCGAUUUUGGACGAUGGAGGCAAUCCGAUUCCAGAUGCUUUUGAAAAGGAAAUGAUUGAACCGUUCACGGUGCCAGGUACAAGCGUCACGGUGAAGGGAUGUUGGACACCGCAUAAUCGGACGACAAAUGCAGCGAUCAUUUAUUUGUAUUUUCGAUCGUUUACUGACCACUUUUUACCGCCGGAUCCUGUUCCUGAGCCACCUCAUCUCUGUUGCAUCUUUGACGCAUACAAAAAACGAGAAAUCACAGAUUUAUGCAAGGAAUACCAGAAAGAUGUUCUUGCACUCGGAUACUUUUCAUCGGGCGAUCCCGACAACACAGAACUUUUGGCAAAGAACAUAGACAAAUAUAAUGAUCGAAAACCAGCGCCUACCGACAAACUCGUCAUCAAGUUGGCAAAAGUGAACAGUAAUGCAGUGUUAGCGUUCAAUGAACUCGGUCCGUGUUACAUCAGUCAGAACGCGGUUGAUGGUUUGCAUGAAUGUGCAAAAUUCUUUCCGAAAGGUUACGUGCAAGAUGACGAAGAGGAAGACGAUGAAGGUGGUGAAGGCGGAACUGGUGGAAAGAAGAAGAGGAAACGUAAGAAGAAAAAGGGAGCGGCCGCUGCAGGAGCUGAGGGUGCAGAAGGCGCUGAAGGUGAAAAUGCUGAAGGUGGAGAGGAAGAAAGCUCAAGCACAUCUGGAUCUCCUGAAAAACAGUCGAAUGAAGGAGACGAGCCAAAAGUAGAAGAAGAAUCGCACAAACGAAAGCCCAGCAAAGCAGUUGCCUAA